AUCCAAUACCAAAACAAAAUUGUUAUUCCCGACUAAGUUUUAACCAAUGACAAGCUACUAUGUACAAGCAGAUGUUAUCUUUUAUCAUGAUGGUUCCUGAAAAUCGAUCGGGCCCAAUGGAAGGUAAGCCAGAUUCGCCAACGUCAACUAACAGCCUGGCCAAUGACGCAGUGCAUUUUGGAAUUUCCAACUCUUGGCCAUCAGGGCCCAUCCCCAACAUAGACUUAUCUCAACCAUGAACUCCUUGACCAUGAGCAUUCGAGCGCCAUGGCGACUCUGUCACCGCAGUCAGAAUAUACGCCAUUGGCCCCUCUUGGCGACCACCCCCUUUGCACAGUCGCCAGCUGUGCUACGAAUAUCAUCACGUUCCAUCCACAAUGACGGUCCAAAACGCUUGAAUCCGCUGGUCAACCCCCCCGAUGUCACGCGACCACCACCGCUGACGCUGCCUCGACGCAGAGAUUUUGAAUCGUCGAUAAAAUACUACUUCGAGCUAGGAAAGGGAUACCUAAAAUUCUACAAGGGGGGCAUAAAAAACGUCUGGACGAGCCGACGUCUCCUUCGCGAGAAGCUUCAACGAACUCCAGCCGAUGACCGACCCUCGAUAUUUCGACCACACUAUGUCCCGAAGACGUUUUCCAGAGCAGAUUGGGUUCUUCUCUGGAGAGUACGACAUGAUAUGAUCAGACUUCCUCUGUUCGGGCUUAUGUUGAUUGUCAUUGGGGAAUUUACUGUCCUGGUUGUUGCCUACGUCGACAGUGUAGUGCCGUACCCUUGCAGGAUACCGACGCAGAUAUUCACGGCGCUCGAAAAGGCUGAGCAACGUCGCAAGGCUGCUUUCGAUGAGUUGGAAGCGAAACAUCCCCAUGGUGUCCUUAGCCCGCGCGUCACCCAGGCAGUCGCUCGGUCUCACGUCCUCAAGAGCUUGCAUCUGAGCGGUGCAAUCUGGGAUCGCUUAGGUUUUCUCCCACCAGGCAUGUGGCAGGCCAAGGGACGAUACCGCAUGGCGUAUCUGGAAGGUGAUGACAGAAAUAUUGUUGAGGAUGGCGGACCCAUGGGACUGCACUACGAGGAGUUAAGAAUUGCAUGCGCAGAACGAGGCAUUGACACACUUGGGAAAAGCGAGACUGAGUUGAGGGGGUGGCUCGGCGACUGGCUACGUUUGACAGCCUCUGAGGAUAUCGACGAAAGGAGACGACGUAUGGCAGUGUUGUUCCUAACUAGACCAGAGAAUUGGCCUCAGCAUAGAGAUUUUGGUGUGCCUGAAUGGCAGUUGUAAGAUAUUGCGUAGCACAUAUGAAGGGUUGGAACAAUACAGAGGACAAAAGUGAGCAGUGAAUUGGUGUUCACGCGUGUGAAUAUAAACUACUCAGUCACUCAAAAGUGAGUGACUGGUCCCAGCUAUUUGGGAACGACUUGGUCUUAAACCCACUAACAGUAUCUUGGCCAUUGGGUAGCCAAGUCGAUAGUCAAACACCUUUAGUCUAUAAUGGAAAAGGACUGCAUCUGUAAUAUAUGGAUUUCGAGUUUCAUUGUGAAAAGUAUGCCAUAAGCUGACCUUGUAUUCCAUCAUGUCAGCUUCAUGACCCACGUAUUUGA